AUGGACCACGCAGACAUGGACCGACAAAACAUGAGCUACUACAAAGACGCUCUAGUUGAAAAGGUUGGUGGACAAAGGCAUUAUGAUUUUGCUGUCAUCAAUUAUUGCGAGAGAAUUCGAAAGGAUCAUCGCGUCAAGUUUUUCUUUGCCCACUUGGACCUCAGAGGCCUGAUCCGAUUGCAAAAAGACUUUCUCGACGGAGCAUUACUGAAUCUCCCGAUGGCGGAGACAGAGAUUGUCAUGGGCUACUUGGUCAUGAAAUACCAAAUCCUAUGGCAAAUGGGUAUGGACGAAGCAUACUUUAAUAUCCUAAAGGCGCACCUCGUGGAGGCGCUCAGGGAUUGCUGGUUCGACGAGAAACUCGUCAAACUCUUUGACAAGCACUAUGAGAGCUUGCGUCCAUUGUUUCAGAACAAAGGAAAUCUCAUAUCACCCAAGAAAACUGAAAAGCAAGUCGCUGUCGAUCGCAUUCAGCUGACAGCAACAACGACUAGUCGAACCAAGAAUACCUUGCGUCGUCAGGCUGGUGGAGCUACUGGAAUCCAACGACGAUCUUGA